AUGUCAAAAGUGACGGAACUGCCGUCUUGGGCGGGCGCCAGCCCUGAAAACUUGGAAUUUCUGAAUUUCAUCGCAGAGAAGGCCCAAUUUGUGAAAGACCCAUUCAAUAUUAGGAAUAUAUGCAGAGAAUUCAAGAAUCGAGCACGCACGAGGUCUUCUGAUUCUAAUUUGAGCAGCAAGCUUAUGAGAUAUCGAAAAAGAAUUCACGAGUUGGAGGAAUUCGAUAUUGAUACAAAAGUGAAAAUUCUCUACGCGUUAAGUGCUCCAAUCGAUCGAACAUUUCUAAAAGAACUAACAGAACAAGCAGAAAUCGUGUUAGAUGCUCAUGGAAGAAUCACAGAAUAUCAUAAAAAGACGGGCGGUUUGGAUUUAAAAGGAGAUCAUAUAUUCCAGAAGGAACUUCCAUUAAAUACACAAAGAAAUAGGGCUCUGAUGGACAUUUUGAUGGAGAAAUCGAAGGAAACGAGUUGUUUUCCGAUCACUGAUGCCUCGUUGAUUAGAGAAUUCAAGAUGUUGACGAACGAUACGAAUAGUGAAUGCUAUUUGAGACGAGUAUAUCAACAAAUGAAGACUCAAAUCUACACAUCGAAUGAAUUAGACAAUGAGACGAAGAUCAAAAUGCUAUUCGUUUCGAGUGCAUCCAUACCGAAGAGUGUUCUCGAAGAAAUCCGAAAAGACGCCGAAGUCGAAGUGGACGAAGAGAUGAGAAUUACAAGAUAUGAAUCAAACGAUGGAAAUCUGAAAUUAAGUGGAAAACAGAGUCUUCCAGCGAAGAUGGGAAAUGAUAAGAGAACAAGAAGGAAGAGAAUGGGAACAGCGUAUUUAGGAGAAUAUGGAAAGAUUCUGGAGCAAAGAGAACUCGAAAUGCAUAAAAAUGUGAAAAAGCGUCGAUACUACACAGUUGGCUCGAAUAUCGUCAAGAAACGAUCUCAACGAAUUCAGGAGGAAAUGGAGAAUAUUCCAAACGAAAAAUACAAAGAAAUCUGGAGGAAUUCGAUUGAAAAAGUGGAUAAUUCUGAAUAUUUUUAUGAAGAAUUGUAUGAAGAAGAAGCGGAAGAGAUUCAAUAUUAUCCUGAUUUUCCAAUUUCAAUAAAACAAGAAACUCAAAUUGAGGAAUUCCCACAUGAAACUCCUUUUUUGUACAAUUCAUUCGAUUCUCAGCAUUCUCAGUAUGCCACGUCAUCAUCAGAACAAUCGUUUAAUUUUCCGUAUCACGGCGGGUUCACAGGAAGUCAGCAAUCAGAUUCAUCUGAAAAUCAAAAAUUUCCGUUUGAUCUUCUUUCAAAAGAAGACGUUGAUUCAAUCCUUCUAGCCUCCGAACAUCCGAUUCUGGAAGAGAAACCACUUCUUUUCGAUGUAAAACCAGAAUUCAUUGACCUCAAUUCGAUUCCAGACGAGAAUUUUCUCAAUUUUAUUAAUAAUGAUGAUCAAUUUUUUAUAUCCUCUAAUGACAGUGAAGAGUCUGCUUCAGCAUCGGGGGCGUCUUCCGAUUCUAUCAGUCUAACUGAAAUUCUAUCGAUUUUUCGAGAUUUGACAGACGAAAUCGGUCUGAAGAAGCUUCGCGAUGAGUUAUCCAUGAAAAUUGUGCAGUUGGAACCGAGGAAUUUGAACAUCUCCAUCAGCUCCAUACUUUUGGCACUUGACUCCGCCCUUCCAGUUAUCACAAAGUCUAUUGCACCGCCCGAAAUGCCAUCAAUUAAUCUCGCUGAUUUUCUCCGACUUCUCAAAAAUGCGACGUCUCGAAUGAAUUCGUCUCAACUUGGUGAAUUUCAGCAGGAACUGGAUGAAAUGUGUAAUGAUGAAGAGAAGAAGAAUAGAAAUGUCAGCCACGAAACGAUUCGACACGGACUAGAACAUGCUUUGGAUAUUAUUCUUCCAUUGUUUUGA